CUCCCUCCCUCCCUGGGGCCGCAAAUGGGCUCUCUCCGCCCGCCAGCCAAUGGCCGGGAAGCGGCCGAGAGGAGGAAGCGAAACUCCCCUGCCAGCCUCGGAACGGUGGUGGGGACGCUGCGCUCUCCGGCCGCCUCGGACUCUCCGCGGGAGACAGACGAAGCUUCCAGGAUCAUGGGGGUGACCCAGUCCCUCGGCUUGCCCCACGGCAACGGCGCCUAUCCGGUCGGCUGCACCGACGUAAUGGUGGGCCAGACCCCCAAGGGCAUCUUCUUCCGCCUCUUCUACCCGUGUGUCCCCCAGGGUGAAGCCGAGCAGCCUUAUUGGAUUCCCCGCUAUGAAUAUUACUCCGGACUGGCUGACUACCUGAGCUUGAAUAGAAAAUGGUUUGCUCCACUUUUCAGUGUCACAUUUGGAUCGUGUAAGAUCCCCGUAAGCUGGGAUGCACCUUUCCGACCCUGUUCGCACAAGUAUCCAUUGAUCAUAUUCUCCCAUGGACUUGGAGCCUUUCGAAGCGUAUACUCAGCCAUCUGUAUUGAGAUGGCUUCUCGGGGUUUUUUGGUGAUGGCUCUUGAACACAGAGACCGGUCAGCUUCUGCUACUUAUUUUUGCAAACUGGAUACAGAAGAUCCAAACGAGACUCAGAUACAUGAAGAAUGGCUCAGUUACCGCAGGGUACCCAGGGAUCAGAAAGAGUUUCCAUUCCGGAACCCGCAGCUCCAUCAAAGAGCAAACGAGUGCAAACGGGCAUUCAGGCUGAUCCAAAGCAUCAACAGUGGCAAGGCCGUUGCAAACCUUCUGCGCAUGGAUUUUGACCUCUCUACACUGAAGGACAAUGUGGAUCUGACCAAAGCCGUUGUCAUGGGUCAUUCUUUUGGUGGCGCAACAGCUGUGCUAGCUCUGGUCAAAGAAGCCCAAUUUAAAUGCGCUGUCGCCCUUGAUGCAUGGAUGUACCCUUUGGAGAAUUCUGUUUACACAAAAGUGACCAAGCCGGUGCUGUUUAUCAACACAGAAUCAUUCCAGACUGCAGAGAGCGUGGCCAAGAUGAAAAAAAUCAGCACCAACAGCAGUGAAAGCAAGAUCAUUACAAUCCUGGGCACCAUCCACCAGAGUCACACUGAUUUCACCUUCCUUGCCGGGAACCUUGUCAACCGGGUCUUCAAGACAAGGGGCACCAUUGAUCCCUACGAAGGCCUGAAUAUCACUAACCAGGCUGCUCUCGCUUUCUUACAAAAGCAUCUCCAGCUCAAAGAAGAUUUUGAUCAGUGGGAUAAUCUCCUGGAAGGCAUUGGCAAGUUGGUGGUCCCGGAUAGUCCCUUGGCAAAGCCUAACCUCUAGGCAAGAAAUAUCUCUCCCCAAAUUGUUUUGGGGCAUCUUCUUCUAGAUUUCCCCCCUCCUUUUGAGGCGAUGAAAAGCAUCCUUGAUAUAAAAUUGCUCUCCAGAUGUUGGACAUUCUGCAGAAUUGCUCUUCAUGAUGAUGGACAUGUUUCUGAGACCGCCUGCUAUCACUUCUUUAGCCUGGAAACAUUUUGAGCUAUUACCUUAAAUGUGCCUCUCCUUCUACCAGGACUACAGCAAGCGCUUAAGAAAAGGAUGGAUUCUAAUUGUGAGUGAAGAAAUUGAAAUUAAGUUGGGGGUGGGGGUGGAGGUGUAAUCCUCAGGAUAAUCUGCUUGCACUUUAAAGUAAAAUACAGCAGGAAAAUCACAAACUCGCGCCCUGCUAUCCUGAUUGUAACUUGGUUUCCGAGAACCAGAAGAGGAAGAACUGCCAUGGUUUAAAGCUAUUUAAUUACAGCUAUGAUGUUGUAUUGAAAAGAUCCUUCCUUUUCAACUACCUUGAUAAGGUAGGCA